AUGCGUACGCAAGCCAGGAACGAGUUUGAGAAAGAUUUCUUCAAGCUCAUGAAUAACAGCGUUUUCGGUAAGACAAUGGAGAACAUCCGGAACAGAGUGGACAUCCGACUAACCACAAAAGACGAACAAGUCGACAAGUGGACUGCUCAACCAAACUUUAAGAGCAGGACGAUAUUCACCGAACAGUUGGCAGCCGUUCACAUGUCAAAAACGAAAUUGAUGUUCAAUAAAGCAAUCUACGUCGGCAUGAGCAUUCUGGACGUGUCGAAAACGCUGAUGUACGACUUCCACUACAACGUCAUCAAGAGGCGGUACGGUCACAAAGCCCAACUUCAAUAUACAGACACCGACUCGCUAACGUACCACAUCCAGACGACCGACUUGUACAAAGACAUCAAAGACAUGAUCGAUCUGUUCGACACCAGCGACUACCCUCAGCCCAACCGUUACAACAUGCCUCGAGUCAACAAAAAGGUACUAGGGAAGAUGAAAGACGAGCUCAACGGCAGAAUCAUGUACGAGCACGUAGGACUUCGCUCGAAAAUGUACUCCAGCAGAUCCGAAGGCGGAGUGAUCAAAAAGUCGAAAGGUGUCAAAAAGACAACGAUAGAAAACCACCUGACCUUCGACGAUUACAAACAGUGUCUGUUCACCUCAGGUAUACAAUACGGUUCGAUGAACAUGAUCCGGAGCUUUUAA